CUCGGAGCGAUUAGCUCACAGCAUAAUCGGAGUGGCUGGAGUGUCUAAGGCACCCACCCAGUUGCAGACAGAGAGCUCCCUUGGCGUCUUUCUUUCUUCCCAGGGAAGUGGAGGUGGCCCUUGGGCCCAGGCUUCUUCCCAGGAUGAGCUUUCAAUCCAUGGCCUCCUCCUCAGGUUCCCAGGCCUCCAGGUGUUCCUUGAUUGUAUAACCUUGAGCAAUACAGGAAGACUUCCUUAGACCUUGCCCGCCCGCCAUGGCCUUGCCCCCUCCAAGGGUGUCUCUCUUCUCCCCCAGCCAGGUGGCCCGAGUCUGCGAGGCCCUGCAAGAGACCGGGGAGUUUGAGCGCCUGGCCCGCUUCCUGUGGUCCCUGCCGCCGUCUCUGGCCUUCCGGCCGCCUGAGGCCCUUGCCUGCGGGGCCCAUGCCACCUGCCAUGACUUGGAGAUGCUCGGAGGACCCCUCCCGGCUGCCACUUGGCUGGCCCCCUACUGCAGCCAGGCCGGCCCGUACCAUUUGGAGCCCUUGGGGUCCCUGUGCCAUGGAGAGAAGUUUACGGCUGGGUUCUUGCCAGACCCGUUGCCUCCUGCACAGAAGAAGAACCCUGGCUUGCCAAGGGAGUCUGCCCAAGACAACGAACAGAAAGCCAAUGGCUUCAAGGAAAGGACACGCAACCUUCUCAGGGAAUGGUACCUCCAGGAUCCGUACCCAAACCCUUCCCGCAAGAGGCACCUCGCCCAGGCUACUGGGCUCACUCCCACUCAAGUGGGCAACUGGUUCAAAAACCGCCGGCAGAGAGACCGGGCUGCUUCGGCCAAACACAGGUUGCAAAAGGAGCUGUGCAUCCAGACAAAAGAGUCCCUUCUCCCGUCUUCGGGAACCGAGAGCCUGAGCGACCCUCCUUGCCUUUUGGAGAACACCAAUGAGCCGAAGGAGACCACCUCACCCUCCGGUGGAGAGGAGAACCUACAUGGAGUGGCGAAGAAGAGCUGGGAAGACUGAUCCUUCCAAGGAACGGGUCUCCGUCGGACCGAGGAAUGAUACGGACUGAGGAAUGAGUCUCGAAGGGGUGUGCCAGGAUCCCCCUCCCCUUUGCCAUCAAUAGUGGGGUGAAAAUGUUGUAAACAAUGACAGGUGUGGAUGGAGUGCGUGGAAGGGGUGUUAGGAAGGGAGAGAGGGCUUUUGCUGGGUUUCCCAGCAUUCCCACCAGGGCCAAACUCAUCUGCUGUGAUUUGGCAGCGAGCCAUUGCAAGCACAGAGCAGCCACCAUCUUGUAAGUGUGUUGACUGCCCUCAGUGAGUUAUCUACAAGGUUGUAUCAGCAGAACUGUAGUGUUCGGUCAAUGGAAGUCAUAGUAAGGUUGAGGUUGAUGGGUAUAUCAAGCCUGGAUGAGAAAAAUACCUGAUAGCCAUCUUUAAGUAUUGGAAUGGCUGUCAAGUUGAAGAAGGACCAAACUUGCCUUUGACUCCUCCAAAGAGUGGGAUCCGAACCCAAGAAAGGAGAUUACAACCAAACUUUAGUGUUUGGGUUCACAGUACUCUGGAUGUAGGUGAACUACAACUCCCCCAAAUAAGGUAAAUUUCUCCCAUAGGCUUCCAGUAUUUUUUUGCGAGUCAUGAGGGUUCUGUGUGCCAAGUUUGGUCCAUCCACUGUUUCCCUGGUUGUGGGUGAACUACAACUCCCAGAAAGGAAGGACAGUUCCCCCCCAAACCCCUCCAGUAAUUGGGCAUAUCGGGUAUGCAUGCCAUCAUUGUUUGGGUUCAUAAUGUGCUCUGGAUGUAGGUGAACUACAACUCAUAUAAAUUUCUCCAAAGA